CAGUGGCAUCUUGGAGGCAGAUCAGCUGGUGACAGUCAGUCUACAGUUUACGAUUUUUUGUUGUCCUGUUCCGUGUCCGCCCCUGUAAACAUGAUGGGUAUUGACAAGCUGCCCAUCGAGGAGACGCUGGAGGACAGUCCCCAGACCAGAUCUCUGUUAGGUGUGUUUGAAGAAGAUGCAGCAGCAAUCACAAGUUACAGCAACCAGUUGUACAGUGCAAUGCGUCGGAUUUAUGAUGCUCAGAACGAGCUAAGUGCAGCCACUCAUCUAACUUCAAAACUUCUUAAAGAAUAUGAAAAACAGAGAUUUCCUCUAGGUGGCGACGACGAGGUUAUGACUUCAACACUACAGCAAUUUGCAAAAGUCAUAGAUGAACUGAGCUCCUGCCAUGCGGUACUGUCUACACAGCUAGCUGAUGCAAUGAUGUUUCCGAUUAACCAAUUUAAAGAAAGAGAUUUAAAAGAAAUAUUAACACUAAAAGAGGUUUUCCAGCUCUCCAGUAAUGAUCAUGAUGUGGCUAUCAACAGAUACAGCAGACUCUCCAAAAGAAGAGAAAAUGAGAAGACCAAAUUUGAAGCAACAGAAGAUGUUUACACCUCCAGGAAAAAACAGCAUCAGACUAUGAUGCAUUACUUCUGUGCAUUAAACACUAUUCAGUACAAGAAGAAAAUGGCAAUUCUGGAACCCCUGUUGGGAUAUAUGCAGGCACAGAUAAGCUUCUUCAAAAUGGGCUCUGAGAAUCUUAACGAUCAGUUGGAAGAAUUCCUAACGAACAUUGGUACAAGUGUUCAAAAUGUCCGAAGAGAAAUGGACAAGGAAGUGGAUAACAUGCAGCAAACUAUACAGGACAUGGAAGUGGCUAGCGAGCUGCUGUACUUGCCAGAUCCUGAUCUAGCCAAACUCCCUAUUAAUCGUAACUUAACAAGGAAAGCCGGCUACCUCAACAUACGCAAUAAGACUGGACUUGUAUCAUCGAGCUGGGAGCGACAAUAUUUCUUUACUCAGGGAGGGAACCUGAUGAGCCAAGCAAGGGGAGAAGUGGCAGGCGGGCUUGUCAUGGAUAUUGAUAACUGCUCGGUGAUGGCAGUUGACUGCGAGGAUAGAAGAUAUUGCCUUCAGAUCACGUCGUUUGAUGGCAAAAAGUCUGUCAUUUUGCAAGCAGAAAGCAAAAAAGACAGUGAAGAGUGGAUUACUACAAUAAAUAACAUCUCUAAAAGGAUAUACUUGACAGAUAAUCCUGAGGAAACCGCAGCAAGAGUAAACCAGUCCGCGCUGGAGGCUGUCACCCCCUCGCCUUCCUUCCAGCAGAGGCACGAGAGCUUGAGGCCAACAGUACCAUCCCGUACACAUGCCACCCGCACAAACAGUACCAGCUCCCUGGGAUCUGAGUCUUCUGUUCUUACGGCACUCUCUCUGGAUGCUAUUGUAGCACCUGAUACCCCAAUCCAAUUUGAUAUUAUUUCUCCAGUUAGCGAGGAUCAGUCUGGACAACCAAGAACCCCAGGACAGACCGGCAGGCGAACAAAUCCUUUUGGUGAAACUGGAGACAAAUCCGAAUCUGAAGAUUCUAUCCUGCACCAGCUGUUCAUCGUACGAUUCCUUGGAUCUAUGGAAGUGAAAUCAGAUGAAAACACAGAGGUUGUGUAUGAAACGAUGCGUCAAAUUUUAGCAGCGCGGGCGAUCCACAACAUAUUCCGAAUGACUGAAUCGCAUCUUCUAGUUACUUGUGACUGUUUAAAGUUGAUUGAUCCUCAGACUCAAGUCACAAGGCUUAGGUUUCCAUUGGCCAAUGUGGUGUUGUAUGCAACACACCAGGAGAAUAAGCGUUUGUUCGGCUUUGUGCUCCGAACGGCUGGAGGAAAAUCUGAAGGUCGCCCAGUUUCUGUCUGCUACAUCUUUGAGUCAAACAACGAGGGUGAAAAGAUAUGUGAUUCUGUUGGAUUGGCUAAACAGAUUGCGCUUCAUGCAGAACUUGAUCGCAGAGCUUCCGAAAAACAGAAGGAAAUUGAGAAAGUGAAAGAGAAACAACAACAGGAAAUCAAUAAGCAGAAACAGAUAGAAAAGGAUUUGGAGGAGCAGAGCCGUUUAAUAGCAGCAUCUAGCAGACCCAAUCAGACUGGCCCAGAAGGACAGUUUGUAGUUCUCAGUAGCAGCCAAUCAGAGGACAGCGACUUAGGAGAAGAUGGGAAGAAGAAGCGCGAAUCAGAAGCAUGAGACUGACUGAUUAAAAAGGACUCAUCAACGUAACAUUACUCAGUUCAUGGCACAAUGUCACAUGCAAGGCAAAACCGUACCCAACUGCUCUUUUUUAUUUACAUUAUUAUUAUUAUUAAGAACAUUUUUACUGAAUUAACGUGUCAGUGAAUUAUUUUGCCUUCCACAGUGAGCCAUUUAUUUGUGAACAUCAUGAUUUCUACACGCAUUGGAAAUCUAUAACAUUGGGACAAGCAUGGAUUUGAUUUGUUCAGAAAUGCUUUCAUUGUUUGAACAAUGUGAGCUUGGAUAGGUGGGGAACUGGAGAAUUCAUGGAUUUUGUAUGGACUGAUGUAGUCUAUUGUCAUCAGUUCAUUCGGUUUCAUAUAGUAGACAUUGUAUGUGCUGUUUCACUAUUUUUCAUAUUAGAUUUUGGCAUUCUACAAUUAAAGUAUAUUUGCAUAAAAUGAUUUAAAAAACCGCUAGGGUUUAAACGUAUCUUUUUAAAUUCCAGAAAAAGCCUCCAAACCCAUUUUAUUGUAUUUCUUUCAUUUAUUAUUUAUCUUGUGUAACCUUUAAAAGGACACUAAAUGUAGAAUAAAUAUUUUUAUUACUGAUA